GAACCAUGACCGGGCAGCCGUUCAGUUUUUCAGCCAACAGGCGGAUCGUCGCCGGCCUGCUGGUCAACCUCCUGUCCUCCAUCUGCAUCGUCUUCAUCAACAAAUGGAUCUACGUCCACUACGGCUUCCCCAACAUGACGCUGACCCUCGUGCACUUCGUGGUCACAUGGCUGGGACUCUACGUUUGCCAGAAAAUGGACGUUUUCUCUCCGAAGCGGCUCCCGCUGCGCAGGAUCGCCUGGCUGGCGCUCAGCUUCUGCGGCUUCGUGGCCUUCACCAACCUGUCGCUGCAGAACAACUCCAUCGGAACGUACCAGCUGGCUAAAGCCAUGACCACGCCCGUCAUCAUCCUCAUCCAGACCACCUACUACAAGAAGACCUUCUCCACCAAGAUCAAGCUGACGCUGGUGCCCAUAACUUUAGGGGUGAUCCUGAACUCGUACUACGAUGUCCGCUUCAACCUGUUGGGGACGGUGUUCGCUACGCUGGGAGUUCUGGUGACUUCACUUUACCAAGUGUGGGUGGGGGCCAAGCAGCAUGAGCUCCAGGUGAACUCCAUGCAACUUCUGUUCUAUCAGGCUCCUCUGUCGUCUGCCUUCCUCCUCGGCGUCAUCCCCGUGUUUGAGCCGCUGACCGGAGACGGGGGCAUUUUCGGACCCUGGUCUCUGCCUGCUCUGGUGACGGUGCUGUUCUCGGGCGUGGUGGCGUUCCUGGUCAACCUGUCCAUCUACUGGAUCAUCGGGAACACCUCGGCUGUCACCUACAACAUGUUCGGCCACUUCAAGUUCUGCAUCACGCUGGUCGGGGGGUACCUGCUGUUCCACGACCCGCUGUCCCUCAACCAGGCGUUGGGGAUCCUCUGCACUCUGGCGGGAAUCCUGUCCUACACUCACCUCAAACUGGUGGAGCAGGAGGAGGGGAAGAGCCGCCUCGCUCAAAGACCAUAG